GUGGAGAAGAGGGAAGAAGCUGCGCUCUGCUUGUUGGCCCAGUUUCUGAAGCUUCACAGGGUGUAAAAAGCUUCAUAGGGCAGGUUUAUGGUCAAGUUCAGUCAGACUUUAACCAAAAAAAGAAAAAAAGUAAGCAGAGAGGGAAAGAUGAGUAACAGCAGAAAAGGGGGCUGAGCUUUUUCGUCAGUGAAGUUCAGGAAAUGCGAGAAAGUGCAACGCUUGCAGAAAAAGAUGAAGAAUAGUGGAUGAUACAAAAAAAAAAAAAAAAUCUACCCGGUUAACCUUCGAACUUUCUUUCUUUCUGCUCACAAGAAGUCACAAGACGAGCUGUCGAAUAAUUUCACGGAUGCCACUUCUAACGAGAGCGCUUUACAUUCUGCAUUAAAGGGUUUUGGGAAGAGUCCAGGAACACAAACUCAUCAUGUCCGUCUACUUUAAUCCGGGACCAGAUUCGGAAGUAAAUGGAAACAUCACAAAGAUGGAAGAUGCAAAAGUGGAAAUUGAUGAUGGAAAGGAGGAGAGCCCGCUACCAGACACUAUGUACCACAACAUUCGGAAAAAAGUCGCUCCAUUUGUUAUGUCCUUUGGCUUUCGUGUAUUUGGGAUGGUGCUGAUAAUUGUAGACUUUGUGCUGGUGAUUGUGGACUUCUCACUGCCAAACAAGAACAGAGAGGUCGGAGACGCUUUAGAAGCAGUGUCUCUCACCAUCUCCUUCUUCUUUCUGGCUGAUGUUCUCCUACGGGUUUAUGUGGAAAGCUUUAAAGUGUACUUCAGCUCCAAGCUGAACAUUGUAGAUGCCUGUGUUGUCGUAAUCACGCUGAUCGUCACAAUGAUCUACACCUUCAGUGACCUGUCAGGGGCCAGCCUGAUUCCCAGGGCCGUGACAUUUCUGCGCUUCUUGCGAAUAAUCAUCUUUGUGAGGAUUUUCAGGCUGGCAUCUCAGAAAAAAGAGCUGGAGAAGGUCACUAGGAGGAUGAUAUCUGAGAACAAGAGGCGUUAUCAGAGGGAUGGAUUCGAUCUUGAUCUAACUUAUGUAACAG